AGCCAAUGAUUCAGUUCUUUUAGCAUUGUAUGAGGCAGUUCAUCUGAAUCGUAACUUCAUUACAGCACUAACACAUUCUCACACUCCAACAUCAGCCACAACUCCCCCAUCGUCACCUGUGAUUUCUACACCACCUGCUGUCUUUGAAGGUUCCACAACACCCAGCCCCACACAAGAAAGAUCAGCCAGUCCAACUUUUGUACCCGCCAACAAUGUUCCACAGCCAACAAAUCUGGUUGUCACUUUCCUACAGUACAGUUCCAUUGUCACUCAAGAAACAAAGGAUUCUACCAGAUACAACAAUGCCAAGUUAUGUCUCAUAAUUCUUACUUGUAUUGCUGAGGAUCAGUAUGCCAAUUCAAUAAUGCAUGAUGCUAACAUGGCUUUCAGAGUCCACCUACACAAGCUGCCCAUGAGACACAGAAAGGCUAGGACAGAAACCAGCCCACCAUCUCGCCCACUGGUUUGUUCUCUCCUAGAUCUGAUGGUUGAGUUUAUUCUGAGUCAUUUAAUGAAAACUUUUCCUAUGGAACUUUAUGUUCGAUGUUUGGGCAUUAUUCACCGAGUUCUUUGCUACCAGAAAAAGCUUCGGGUUCGAAUACAGUACCCAUGGAAAAAUUUGUGGACAGCAUUGAUACAUCUACUCAAGUUCCUCCAGUCCCAUGAGUCGCAGCUGGUGAAGAAAUACAACAUCUUUCAUUUAGCUUCCAAGGUGGUGAACAUCUUCAAUCUGUUUGUGACAUAUGGCGACACCUUCCUACCAAACCCCACCAGCUAUGAUGAGCUUUAUUAUGAAAUUAUCAGGAUGCACCAAAUCUUUGACAAUAUCUAUUCAAUGGCUUUGAGGUACACAAGUACAGACAGUGAACACAAGGAGUCAGCAGCCAAACUGUCUAACCAUUUAGUUAACAUCAGAGCAAUUAUCAACCAUUUCUCCCCAAAACUUGAUGCUUGGGCAGCUGCCAAUCAUCUGUCCUCUCUAACAGAAGAACAGGUGCUAGAAGUAGUGAGAGGAAACUAUGACACGCUGACUCUGAAACUACAAGACAAUCUGGAUCAGUUUGAAAGAUACAGCGAGAAACCCAGGGAGACACCAUUUUUCACCAACCAG